CUCGUGGCCUCGAUCCAAAUGGCGUCACCAAUGGCACCGCCCUCCGCCCCUCCGCCCAUGUUUUAUCUCGCCGACAUCGGCGGGAACCAGGCGCUCGACGCCUUCUACCUCCUGAUCAUGGGCGUCUUCGUCUUCUUCAUGCAGUGCGGCUUCGCCUUGCUCGAGGCGGGGACGGUGCGCUCCAAGAACACCAAGAACAUCCUCCUCAAAAACCUGCUCGACGCCUGCCUCGGCGCGCGCCAUCAUCUGGUGGGCGUGGGGCAUGGGCUCGGCGGGUCCGGCGCCUUCCUCGCCGCCGGCUGGGGCACGCCAGAGAAAGGUGGCUUCGAUGGGAGCGACGGGUACACGAUCUCGCUGUGGUUCUUCCAGUGA